UGUCCAACUAAAGCUUCCCCCCACUUGGCACUUGCUCUUUUAUCCUCCUCCUUUUCCAACUCAAAUUGAACUUGCAAAAACCCCAAAGCUCAACAAAAACAAAACUCAUUCCUUGCUUUUGCUUUUCCACUUUGCUAAUUAGUUGAUCUCAAAAAAGACUCUAAUUUCUUUGUUAUCAUACCAUCUUUUACACUAAAUUUAAGGAAACCAAAAAGAAAAAAAAAAAGAGAUGAUCCAAGAACUAUUGGGAGGAACUAGUGUUCCUACAAGUUUUUUAGGUGAGAGAAAGAUUUCCAUCCCUUUCUCUUCUCCUCCACCUCAUUCAACCACACCAAUUCUCACCACCACUUCCACUUCCAUUGCAACAUCAUCAACUCCGUCAUCAUCACCACUCUUGCCCACCGCAACCGGUGGCAAUAACAACAACACCACCACCGCUUCCGAGGCGUCUAACGCUAGCCAGCAAAAUCUGAGGUGCCCUAGAUGCGACUCAACUAACACCAAGUUCUGUUACUACAACAACUACAACCUCACCCAACCUCGCCAUUUCUGCAAGACUUGUCGGAGGUACUGGACCAAAGGUGGGACCCUCAGAAACGUCCCCAUUGGUGGCGGCUGUCGGAAGAACAAGAGCACCAUUGUAAGUGGCUCAACUUCUUCUUCUUCAGGGUUAGUCAAGUCAUCCUCAAAUGCAAUGGCUAAAGCCAAAGCGAGUUUAUCAACCGAGUUGCUAGUGAACGGGAACCCGGGUUUUCUUGGAAAUGGGUUGUUGGAUCACUUUCACCAUCAUCAUUCGGAUCUCCAUUCAGCUUCUUCAAACCCAAUCCUUUGGCCUUCUCUUGAACAAAACUCCCACAUCUUGUCUUUGCUUAGAGGGUCAAAUCAAUUCCAUAACCCUAACCCUAACCCUAACCCUAUAUCAAAUGGUUUCGUUUCUGUUAAAACUGAGGGCACGAACCUCGGGUUGGAUUCGUAUGGUAACGGAUCUCUACUCGGGUCAUUCCAAAGGAGCAACCAACACCAAGUAAACGGGUACUCAUCUGGGGUUGUUCCAGAUUUUGGGAACAAUCAUAAUAAUAAUAAUAGCAAUAGCAAUAGCAAUAUUCUAGAGCUGUAUCAGAGGCUAAAAUCAUCAAGCAACAAUAAUUACAAUAAUUAUUGUGGUAAUGAAAACAAUCAAGGGACGACAACGACGAUGAUUUUAGGAAAUAUGGUGGGAGGAUCAACAUCGCCUUCUUCAUCUUCUUCCCCAAUGCAUUCGACAAUAUUGGAUUCAGCGCCUGUAGGAGGUGGUGGAGAUCAUAACUAUGGAGGUUAUAGCUUCAUGAAUUCUCCUGCAAUGUCUGGUUGGUCUGAUUACCCAAUAGCACCUAUUAAUGGUGCAUAUCCUUGAAACUAUAUUAUACAUAUAUAAAUGGCUACUUAGUUUACUUUUAUUUGUUCUUCUUGUUGUUUAUUGGGGGGGGUGUUAAUGUAACUUUUUUUUACUUUGUUUUUCUAUGAGUUGCCUUUUGGUGAUUGUUUCUCUUAAUUGUAGUUAGUUAGUUUGGGGUUUGUGGUAUAUGAUCGAUGAAUUAAUAUGGCUAAUUACUCCUUUUGAUCCUUGUAAUGAUAUUUGUUCUUGUUUUAUACAUUUUGUGUAAGCUUAAUUUUCAGUUA